CAGGAAAACACUUACAUUAUCUAUUACAUGAUUAAACUUCAAGAAAACAGGUUUCUAAAUUUAAAAGAAAAAUCAAGCAUGAAGCAUUGCAUUUUUUCAAUAAAACACUGCUCAUAAAUGUUUCACGAUAUUUUGUCAAUAUGUUUUUAAUUCUGAUUUUCUUUUCAGAACUUGAAAAAUCAAAUCAUGACAACAAACUUGUGGGUCGAACAGUAUUGGCAUGAUUACAAACUUACUUGGGAACCAAGGGAAUAUGGAGGAGUAGAUAUGCUUCAUGUUCCUUCAGAUCAUAUAUGGAGACCUGAUAUUGUCCUGUAUAACAACGCUGAUGGAAAUUUUGAAGUAACUUUAGAAACAAAAGCCCAGCUCAAUAACAGAGGAAUGAUCCAAUGGAAACCUCCAGCCAUAUAUAAGAGCUCAUGCGAGAUAGACGUCGAGUUUUUUCCUUUUGAUGUACAGACAUGCCUGAUGAAGUUUGGAUCUUGGACUUACGAUGGAUUCAAGGUUGAUCUUCGUCACAAAGAUGAAGUAAAAGGGACCAACCUAGUCGAAAUUGGAAUAGACCUUACAGAAUUCUACCUCAGCGUCGAAUGGGACAUUCUAGAAGUUCCUGCCGUUCGCCAUGAGAAAUAUUACACCUGCUGCGAAGAACCAUACGUGGACAUAACAUUCAAUAUUAGUAUGCGCAGGAAAACCCUCUUCUAUACAGUGAACCUCAUAAUUCCAUGUAUGGGCAUAUCUUUCCUCACUGUCCUUGUCUUCUACUUGCCAUCAGACAGCGGAGAGAAAGUGACACUUAGCAUUUCUAUACUACUCUCCCUCACUGUUUUCUUCCUGCUUCUAGCUGAAAUCAUUCCCCCUACAUCUUUGGUGGUGCCUCUGCUCGGAAAAUACCUACUUUUUACUAUGAUCCUGGUUACACUGUCCAUCUGUGUGACCGUUGUGGUGCUCAACGUUCACUUCCGGACAUCAUCUACUCACAAAAUGGCGCCCUGGGUUAAACGUGUCUUCCUGCAGAUCUUGCCCCGCCUCCUCUUGAUGCGCCGGCCUUUAUAUUCUGCCGAUCCCAGGAAAUUUAUGACUCGGCCUUGCAGCGGAGGAGAAAGUCAGUCCAUGCCCCGCAGAACCAGUUACGACGUAGAAUUUGCAGAGCAAGUGCCCCAGUCCUCUCAGUACGGUGCAUGUCGUAUCCAUGGUUAUUCUGGUAAAGGGCCGAGUGAUGUGCCUACAACGGAUGACGAUGGUAGUUCUUCGUCGAUGCAUAAUGCAGACACAAGUCCACCCCCUGGGAUCACAAUGCGCUUGCAUUUUUGUCCAGAAUUUCAGAGAGCUAUGGAAUCCGUGCAUUUUAUUGCAGACCAUACAAGAAGAUAUGAAGAACACAUAAGU